CGUCAAUGGUCUCCAGGAUACGAUCAUCCCUACCCACUUUGCUGACAGUACCAGGACACCUGCGCGCGAAUAUCGAUCGACACCCACCUGUCUGAUUGUACCGGCGAAUUCUUGCUGGAGCAGAUGCAGUUGAUUUUAAACGAUAUCUGACACAACAGCUCAUCAUUUCUCACCGACCAUCGUUAUAUUUCCGAGGUGCAACAAUUUAAAUUCGACGAGCGCUUGCGCGUAUUAUCGAUUCGACAUCUCGGUUUGGACCUCGUCAGCUGCGAGAUUUAUGGAAGAGCAGAGAGACAAUGGCGAGUAGAAGAAACGAAUUCCUUCGAAUUCUCUUGAUAUGCGCAGUAGUGAUAUUUAGAGGUGUUACAUCCAAUAUCAACGAUGGAAGCUUCGAUGGAAGUAACUUCAAUAAAUUUGACGCUCCUGACCAAUUUUCUCACGAUCAGUUUUCGGAAUCCUAUAACACGCCAUUGCAUCCCAUCGAAAAUCGUUUCUGGCGAAGUCCCGAAAAUCUUGGUGAGAUUUCCGGAGUCGCUGUGGAACCGACGGGAAAUCUCGUAAUUUUUCAUCGCGGAGAUCGAACAUGGAAUUACGAGUAA